UCCUUGGACCUCAUUGAGAAGGGCAUUCACCCGCUUCGCAUCGCCACCGGCUUCGAGAAAGCCUGCGAGGUGGCCGUGAAGCGAGUGGAAGAGAUCUCAAAGAUCGUAGACAUCCUUGCAGAUGACCAGACUGCGCUGAAGAAGGCGGCCACGACUGCUCUUGGCUCCAAGGUGGUCAGCAGCCGGAAAGACCAGCUUGCCAAGAUCAGCGUAGACGCCGUCCUCGCG